AUGACCCGGCGACACAUGCCAUUAGGGUCUUGGGCUCUUUCAACCUUCCCCCUCCACCUCCCAACGUGCAGUGGUCAUUAUGUUAAACACUUACCUCCCAGUGCAGUGAUGGCUGCUGCAGCUCCAGACAUGGCUCCCGGGAGGGCUCAGGAUGUCAAGUGCUCCCUGGGCUAUUUUCCCUGUGGGAACACCACCACAUGCUUGCCUCAGUUUCUUCACUGCAAUGGUAUGGACGACUGUGGGAACCAGGCCGAUGAGGACAACUGUGGAGACAACAAUGGAUGGUCUUCGCAAUUUGACAAAUAUUUUAUCAGCCACUAUAAAGUGACUUCUGCAUAUCCCUCUGAGGCAAAAGCAUCUGCAUGCUUGGUCGGUUCUGUGCCCAUGCAAUGUUUUUGCCGAGGUUUAGAGAUUGACUGUGAUGAGACCAAUUUACGAGCGGUUCCAUCAGUUUCUGCAAAUGUGACUAUAAUGUCACUUCAGUGGAACUUAAUAAGAAAGCUUCCUCCUGAUGCCUUCAAGAAGUACCACGACCUGCAGAAAUUGUGCCUGCAAAACAAUAAGAUUAGAUCCAUAUCCAUCUAUGCUUUCAGAGGACUGCACAGUCUUAGGAAACUGUAUCUCAGUCAUAACAGAAUAACCUUCUUGAAGCCAGGCAUUUUUGAAGACCUCCACAGGCUAGAAUGGCUGAUAAUUGAAGAUAAUCACCUCAGUCGAAUUUCCCCACUAACGUUUUAUGGACUAAAUUCUCUUAUUCUCUUAGCGCUGAUGGAUAAUGUUCUCACCCAUUUGCCUGAUAAACCUCUUUGUCAGCACAUGCCCAGGCUGCACUGGCUGGACUUUGAAGGCAACCAUAUCCAUAAUUUAAAAAAUAUGACUUUUAUUUCCUGCAGUAACUUAACUGUUUUGGUAAUGAGAGAAAACAAAAUUAAGCACCUAAAUGAAAAUACUUUUGCACCUCUCCAGAAACUAGAUGAAUUGGAUUUAGGAAGUAAUAAGAUUGAAAAUCUUUCACCGAAUGUAUUUAAGGAUCUAAAGGAGCUCUCACAAUUGAAUCUUUCCUAUAACCCAAUCCAGGAAAUUCAAGCAAACCAAUUUGAUUAUCUUGUCAAACUCAAGUCUCUCAGCCUAGAAGGAAUUGAAAUUUCAAAUAUCCAACAAAGGAUGUUUAGACCACUUAUGAAUCUCUCUUACAUAUAUUUUAAGAAAUUCCAAUACUGUGGAUAUGCACCACAUGUUCGCAGCUGUAAACCAAACACUGACGGAAUCUCAUCUAUAGAGAAUCUCUUGGCAAGCAUUUUUCAGAGAGUGUUCGUCUGGGUUGUAUCCACAAUUACUUGCUUUGGAAACAUCCUUGUCAUUUGUAUGCGACCUUACAUCAGGUCUGAGAACAAGCUGCAUGCCAUGUCAAUCAUUUCUCUCUGCUGUGCUGACUGCCUAAUGGGAAUAUAUUUAUUUGUGAUCGGAGCCUUUGACCUAAAGUUCCGUGGAGAAUACAACAAGCACGCGCAGCUGUGGAUGGAGAGUAUUCAUUGUCAGCUUGUGGGAUCUUUGGCCAUUCUGUCCACAGAAGUAUCAGUAUUACUUUUAACAUUUCUGACAUUGGAAAAAUAUAUCUGCAUUGUGUAUCCUUUCAGAUGUUUAAGACCUGGAAAAUGCAGAACAAUUACAGCUCUGAUUCUCAUUUGGAUUAUUGGGCUUAUAGUGGCUUUAAUUCCAUUGAGCAAUAAGGAAUUUUUCAAAAACUACUAUGGCACCAAUGGAGUAUGCUUCCCUCUCCAUUCAGAAGAUACAGAAAGUUUUGCAGCCCAGAUUUAUUCAGUGACAAUUUUCCUUGGUAUUAAUUUGGCGGCAUUUAUCAUCAUAGUUUUUUCCUAUGGAAGUAUGUUUUACAGCGUUCAUCAAAGCGCCAUAACAGCUACUGAAAUACGGAAUCAAGUUAGAAAAGAGAUGAUCCUUGCAAAACGGUUUUUCUUUAUUGUAUUUACUGAUGCAUUAUGCUGGAUUCCCAUCUUUGUACUGAAAUUUCUUUCACUGCUUCAGGUAGAAAUACCAGGUACUAUAACCUCUUGGGUAGUGAUUUUUAUUCUGCCUAUCAACAGUGCUUUGAAUCCAAUUCUGUAUACUCUAACCACAAGACCAUUCAAAGAAAUGAUCCGUCAGUUUUGGUAUAACUACAGACAAAGAAAAUCUGUUGACAGCAAAGGAAGUCAGAAAACAUAUGCUCCAUCAUUCUUCUGGGUAGAAAUGUGGCCACUGCAAGAGAUGCCACCUGAGUUAAUGAAGCCAGCUCUUUUCACAGACCCCUGUGAAUUGUCACUAAUUUCUCAAUCAACUAAACUCAAUUCCUAUUCAUAAUGGACUCUGAAACCCAUUUCUACCCAGAAAAUACUGUGGGAUGCUUCAUGACGGAUUAUUGGUAUAAAAUGAAUGCUACAAAAUUUGUAAUUUAUAAUGGCUAAAAUAAGUUAGCCUAUAAGGACGUGAAGUGAUUGGGGAAAAAUCAAAGUGACUGAUGACCUUAUAAAGGGAAAUAAAUUAUAUUGAUAAUAUGUAUAUAUUAAUAUAUAUUUUGCAUAGGAAAUUAAGAGAAAUCUAUUUCAGAAAGAUUCAUUCACUCUUACCAUGCUUUUAUUGGGCACCCACUAUGUGCAUGGCACUGCAGUCAAUU